ACAGAUUCACUUUACACAAACUGUGGUGGUCUCUUGACCCAAAUGUAUGGAAAUAUAACAAGCCCAUUGUACCCCAGCUAUUAUCCUAACAAUGCUCGCUGUACAUGGGACAUACGUGUCCCGGAAGGAUAUCGCAUACAGCUGUCAUUCCUUAAUUUUGACCUGGAGACUCAUCCCUCCUGUCAUUAUGACUGGGUGACAAUAUAUGAUGGGAUUCCUGAGUACUCUCCCCAGCUGGCGAGAAUGUGCAGUCUUCAAAACAAUGUUUUCUUCUCAUCAUCUAACAUCAUGAGCAUCGAGUUCAUAAGUGACUCUUCUGUUCAGCGCACUGGCUUCUCGGCUGUGUUUUCAGCAAUUUCAGCAAAUGCAAGUAACCCUCUCCGUCUUGUGGGUGGCUGGGACAGAUGUUCUGGACGUGUGGAGAUCUACCAUAAUUCCUGGGGAACAGUAUGUGAUGAUGGCUGGAACAUCAAUAAUGCACACGUUGUAUGUAGGCAGCUGAAUUGUGGAUAUGGAGUAUCAGCUCUACAUAAUGCAUACUUUGGGCAAGGUACUGGGAGCAUUCUUCUGGAUGAUGUGAGAUGCAAUGGAAAUGAGCAGUAUCUCUCCCAGUGUAUUCAUAAUGGAUGGGGAAUACAUAAUUGUGUACACGGUGAAGAUGCAAGCGUCAUCUGUUCAGACUCUCAGAAUGUAUUCCCUACUACGACAACAGUUUACCCCAAUUUCACUUGGUGGCCGACAGCAGCACCUAAUUACACAUGUGGAGGGCUUCUAACUCAGCCAACAGGAACAUUUUACAGCCCACAGUUUCCAGGACUUUAUCCUGAUAAUGCUCUCUGCAUAUGGGAAAUCAGAGUUGCUCCUGGAAAAACGGUGGAUCUUUCUUUUGUGUAUUUGGACCUGGAGAUUGCCAGUUCUUGUGGGUAUGACUCUGUGACAAUAUACGAUGGCCUGCCACUCAGUUCCCCACAGCUAGGCAAAAUCUGCACUCCUGUCAACUAUACAUUUAUGUCUACCUCUAAUGUGAUGGGUGUUGUGUUCCGAACUGAUGGAAGUGUACGAAAAACUGGAUUCCAAGCUGUUUACUCAUCAUCGCUCAGAAAUGUCACGGUUCCAGUUAAUUGUGGUGGGAUCCUGACUAACCCUUGGGGAGUCAUUGAGAGCCCAGCUUACCCUUAUUCCCGCAACCCUGCAGACUGUGUUUGGCAUAUUCAAACCACAAAUAGUAUUAUUCAGAUCAACUUUAAUGACUUUGCACUUGAAAACUCAAUUUAUUGUUCAUCUGGAUCUGUGUCGGUAUAUGAUGGGACACCCUCUGGUUCCUCAUUGUUAGGACAGUUUUGUGGGACAGUGAGACGCAAUUUCACCUCCUCAUCUAACAGCCUAAGUGUUGUCUACACCAGCAGAGGAAGCAACAGCAACUAUGUCCGUGGAUUUCAGGCCAACUACGUCUCUAUUGCCCAAAAUAAUCAGAGUGCGAUCCUCUCAUGUGCAUCACACUAUAUGGAAGCUCAGAUAUCAAUUUGGUAUUUACAGUCUAUGGGAUAUUCAGUAAAUGACAUUUUUCUGAAUGAUCCACAAUGUCGUCCUCAAAUUUAUGGCAACUGGCUGAUAUUUUACAUCUCAUAUGAUCAAUGCGGGACAAUCAGACAGGGUGAGAGAGACACAAUCAGCUACUCAAACACAGUGCAUGGUUACCACUCAAAUCAAGUGAUUGAACGAAGCAGAAUGCUCAGCUUGAAUCUCCGUUGUCAGAUGUACCAAAAUACCAUGGUGCAAAUCAUGUACCACGCAGAUGAUGUCACAAACCAAACCCUGACCCGAUAUGGCCUGUACUCUGCUAUGCUGUACUUCUACCAGUCUCCAAGUUUCACCUAUCCAGUCUACCAAUCACCAUAUUAUGUUGAACUGAACCAGAACUUGUACCUAGAGGCAUCAUUAUAUUCAUCCGACUCCAAUCUCACCUUAUUCGUGGAUACAUGUGUGGCCUCUCCUGAUCCGUAUGAUUUUGUGACACAGACUUAUGAUUUAAUACGCAAUGGAUGUGUCAGAGAUUCCACCUACGUGACCUAUCCAUCUAAUCGCACAGACCAUGCUCGCUUUGGAUUCCGUGCUUUUGGGUUUGUCCAGAGAUACUCCAGGGUCUAUUUGCAGUGCCAACUAACUGUAUGCCCAGUCAGAAGCUACAACACACGCUGCUCUCAGGGAUGUAUCACCAGACGAAAAAGGGCUUUAGCAACUGGUCAAGAGCAACUUAGUGUCUUACUUGGGCCUUUUGAACUAAAGAACAAAAAUAAUAAAUAAGUAUGCCCAAUGUGUGUAAUAACAUACCUAGAAUGAAUUGUCAACUGCUGAAUUGAUAAUAUCCAGUCUAUAAAUACUACUUCACUGCAAAUUCUUGAAAGCAGUUAGAGUAGUUUUAGUUGCUUCUUUCAUUCUGUUGAAUACAUUCAUUUAAAAUGUUGUCUAGUGUAUACCCAGCUUAUUACAUGUU